UUUCGCCCGUGAACCUUCAACCCCAGUUUCCAAUAUCCCACAUCCCAAACAUCCUCUUAGACCGCUCUCUCCCCAACCCAUCAAUUCAAAAUGGCCGCCGUCCGCUCCAUUCGCAGCAUCGCUCCCCUCCUCGACCGCAUCCUCGUCCAGCGCAUCAAGGCGGACACCAAGACCGCGACCGGAAUCUUCCUCCCCGAGAGCUCGGUCAAGGAGCUCAACGAGGCAAAGGUGUUGGCCGUCGGCCCCGGUGCCUUCGACAAGGAGGGCAAGAGGAUCCAGCCCAGCGUCCAGCCCGGCGACAAGGUUUUGAUUCCCCAGUUCGGCGGCAGCCCCAUCAAGGUCGGUGAGGAGGAGUACUCUCUCUUCCGUGACCAUGAGCUUCUCGCCAAGAUCAACGAGUAAAUGCAUGUAAAAUCAAGAGAACCAAAGAACUAUCAAACUCCUAUAAACCAAGCAAGCAAGCCCAAAAAAAAAAAAAAAAAAAGAA